AUGGGUUCCAUGCAGAGCCCCCCAGCUACCAGCGAUAUCAACGCUAUCUUCGACAGCUUUAUCAACAAGGAUUGUCUCCUUGGCGAGGCACCUGACACAUUAAAUUCUCAGAACGCUAUUUUUCGGGGUAACCCGCCACAGCAGCAACAACCUCUUCUACAACAAGAACUGCCCCCCCCUUCAUCACCCCAAAAGAAAGACGCUCAUCCCCAUCAAGAUCUCAUCCUCAAAUUCUCAGAAUCUCACUUCCACGACACAAAGACGACGGACCUCCCGCUAUGGGCCGACCCGUCCGACCUGUUCAACUUUGACCUGGCCACUCCUCACACAACACCCGCAAACGACCUACUAGCCACUACUAACGAACCAAUUCCCCAAGCCCCAAGUACGUCCGUGCAACCCACACCCGCGAACCCCACAACGAGCAAUCCCCCCCGAAGUCCAACGCACCACAUUCUCCCACCAACACCCCUCUUUCUCCCUUCUUCGACAACAACCUCAUCAACCUCCGCUGCACCGCCGCCACCAACAACCCACCCUACACUUACACCAACACCCGCUGCUGCCACUCCUCCCUCUGUUGCAACGCCCAGCCCCAAACCCCGUCCUAAACUCCGCCCAAGGAAAGCCUUUUCCUGCACCUCCACUCACUGUCCUCCGGACGCAGCAACCAAAAACCCUGAAACGGCCCACCAUCACCACCAUAAGGAUCCCAAACAUCGGUUCUGCUGCCGCUACGAAGGCUGCACUUCGUGCACUAGCUACACUACGAGAAAAGACCGUAACCGGCACGAGGCCUCAAAGCACAGUAAGCAGCAUCUGGUCUGCGAUGUCUGCGGGCAUACGACGGCUAGAAAGGAUAACAUGACGGGCCACGUACGUUCUGCUCACCCGGAGGGGUGGGAAGUGGUCAUGGAGAGGAUUACAGGGGUCAAGGUGAAGAUUGUUAUGGGUCUUUUGUAG